AUGCUUCGAAAUAGUCAAUCGCCUACUUCUUCUAGAGACACACCAAUUGUCACUCGAUCAUGUGAGUUUUUGGAGGACGGAUUUUUGGAAACAUUGAGAUUUCACAGAAAUGGUUUGAAAACUCAUAGGGUGAUUCAUGUCAAAAAAAAUAAUAAUUCAAAAACAUUCGAUUCAGCAAAUGUCAAAAAACUAUUUUUUUUAAACUAUUUUUUGACAUUUUUUUUCAUUGAAACAUUUUCGCUUCGAGAAAUUUUUCAUUUUUAUUUGAAAAAAAUAUAGUUUUUGACAUUUGCUGAAUCGAAAUUUUUGUCAAAAUUUUUUUUAAAUAUUUUUGAAUCACCCCAUCAAAUUCACGUUUUUCAUCACGAAAAAAAUGUUUUGAAAAAAAUCACACGAAAAAACUUGAAUAAUUCCCAGAUUCUCGUCUCACUGAAAUCGCAAUUCAACAAACUCCAUCAGUUCGAUGUGUUCCGAAAAAUCACAUAAAAACGGUGGAAAGAAACAUGGAAAUCGCUGACGAUGACGAUGAAGAAGAUAUUGAUCGAAAAAUAUUGAAUGAGCAAGAUGAAAUGAACAAUUCGCAAUUUAUCUACAAACAACAUUUCAGCAUUUCUGAACGAUUACAAAUGUUUUGGAUCACUUGGUAUGUGGAUUUAUUGAAAGCGGCUGAGGAUUUCAAAUUUUUACAAAAAAAAUGUAUCAAAUUUUUUAAUAAUCUGAGUUUUUGUUUUAUUUGUAGAUCUGGAUUUGAAUUCUAAUUUUAAGAUGUCUGAAAAAAGUUUCUACAGUAAUAAUAGAUCCAAAAAUCAAUAAUAAGAGGUUGUAAUUUUAAAGGUGCGUACAGUAAUUUUUAACAAAAAAAAUCAAAUUUUUGAUUAUUUCCAGCCACAAAUCAUUGAAAUUUGCAGCAAAUCAUCGUUACAAUACAGUUGGAAAACUUUCAAACGUCAAUUUUAUCAAAAUUGUCCAACAUUCAAGGAAGCUCUUAUGAUUCUUGUUCUCUUCAUGAUAUUUUGCAAAUGUCAGUUUUCUUAAUUUUUUCAAAUUAAUUUUUUUUUCAUUUUCAGACGUCGGUGAUAAUAUGAGCACAUGGGCUGGAAAAACCGAAGUUGAUAAUUUGAAAUUGGAUAUGUAUAAGAAAUUCGCGGAAUUGGCUGGAAAACACGCGACUUUGACUGAAAAAUUGGAUCAUUUGCAGAAAAUUGGGCAUGGAAAAAAUGAUGAUGCGAAAGAGUUUGAUGAUAAGAUGAAUGAGAUAAAAGAGCAAAUUGAUGUAUUGAAAAAUGAACUGGGAGAGCAUAAAAAUCUGAUUGAGGUGAAUCUUGGUUUGAAAGAAACUUCAGAAAUUUUUUCAUCCAAAUUUUUUAAAUGAAAGUUGUAUGAAAUAAUUUUUCCCGCACAAUAAUUAAAAUAAAAUAAAUUGCAAUUUAUAAUUUUCAAAACCUUGUUUCUUUUCCAGAAAUCUCAAAUGAUUGAACAACAUCCAGUUCCUUCACCAAUCUCAACCAAAGUUAUCACAAAUUCUCUUCCUGGUGUAAAUGUGGCAAAUAGUUUGAUUGGCGCCAAAAUCGAUCAACAAUGCUCAUCUCGAACAGUUUCAGCAAAAGAUGGUUUGAUCUUUGAUAUGUUCAGCUAUUUUAUGUCAUUUAAAGAUGGAUAUGUGCUUUUGGUAAGUAAGUUUUCUGAGCGUAAAAUAUUCUUAUACAUAAUAUUUGCAGGAUCGUGAAGUUUUGCAACCUGGAGAAGCUUGGUGUACUUAUGAUGAUCAUGCUUAUUUGACAGUUAAAUUGGCCAAAAACGUUCAUCCAACAGCGGUUUCUUAUCAACACGUCAAAUGGAAUGGAAUUAUUCCAAAUAAUGCACCAAAAACCUAUGAUGUUGUGGUAAAUUUUUUCAGAAAAAUUUGGGUUGAAAGGUCCUUCUCCGAUUUAUAAUAUAAUAUAAUUUGCAGGCUUGCCACUCGCCUUGUUGCACUGACAUCACUCCGCUUGUCUCGAAUUGCACUUAUGAUAACUCGGAUGGUCGAAAUUCGCAAGAACAAUUUUGCAGUAUUUCUUCGGAGGAGGUGGAGAAAAAUGGAUUGGUUGUGGAUCAUGUGCAAUUUAGAUUCAAAGAGAAUCAGGGAAAUAUGACAAAGGUGAGGGUUUCUAAAAAUUUAGGGAAGGGGUUAUACAGGGUGCGCCAUAAAUACGUGGACAGCUAUAAUUCAAUAUUAUUUUCAAAUUUAGAAAAGUUUUUUGUAUAUCGUUUUUAAAAUACUUAAUUAGGUCUCUAACGAGGAAAUUAAAACCAAUAUCUCUUAGUUUGGUCGAUUAUGCGACCUGGGAAAUCUUGUAGAACUUCGAGAAAAAUUUCAUCACGGCACGCAAAACAAUGAAAAAGUGGUCUCGCUAUUUUUGAAUGGAAUUAUUUUUAUUGUGAAGGCUUUAUUCAAAUUGUAGAAUGUUUGAGGGGUUGUCAGAGAGUCCCAAGAAGCCAAGAAAAAUAUAAAAUUGUCCACCAUGUCUCACACCAAGUUUGGGUGGAGAUUUUUGGAACAGUCUGCUUCAUUGGGAGAAAUCAUUGAUCUCCAUUGAUUUUGGGGUCAAAAUCGGGAGUAAAGUUGAAAUAAAUGUAUUUCUGGACUAACAUAUGUACCUAAGAAUGAAAAUCAACCUCGAUAACAAACAUCAAGUGCUCCAGCCGAUCACAGUACACAAUAAAAGAUAAAAUCCCCCAAAAUUGCGGUUGAGAAACAAUUUUUUCGAUUUGAGCAACGUUUUUAAAUUGAUGUUAUUUUUGUCAGAAACGAACCCAUUGCAUAAUUCCUUUCAAAUUAGUUAUCGGAAAGGUUCUAGGUAAACCUCCAAUCAUGUAUUUAGACUAUACAGAACCUAGUUUUGAAGUAUUGGGACAAUAUGUCCGACAAAUGGCAGCGUGCCGAGAUGGAAUUUUUCCCGAAGUUCUACAAGAUUUCCCAACUCGUAGAAUCGACCAAACUAAGAGAUAUUGGUUUUAA